GUAUUUGUAUAAAAUGUGGAAAAGGUGUGUAUGGAGCGAGCCAGGCUUGCCAAGCAAUGGGUAACCUCUAUCAUACCAACUGUUUCACGUGCUGCUCUUGUGGGAGAAGACUACGAGGAAAAGCAUUCUACAAUGUCAAUGGCAAGGUGUACUGUGAAGAAGACUUCCUAUAUUCAGGUUUUCAGCAAACAGCAGACAAGUGCUUUGUUUGUGGACACCUCAUAAUGGAAAUGAUCUUACAGGCCCUUGGAAAGUCGUAUCAUCCUGGCUGCUUCCGCUGCGUGGUGUGUAACGAGUGUUUGGAUGGAGUCCCCUUCACUGUAGAUGUGGAGAACAAUAUUUACUGUGUCAAAGACUACCAUACGGUUUUUGCACCAAAAUGCGCUUCCUGUAACCAGCCGAUCCUACCAGCACAGGGCUCCGAGGAGACCAUUCGGGUGGUGUCAAUGGACAAAGACUACCACGUGGAGUGCUAUCACUGCGAGGACUGUGGCUUGCAGCUCAAUGAUGAGGAAGGCCAUCGUUGUUACCCCUUAGAGGGCCACUUGCUCUGCCACGGCUGUCAUAUCAGGCGCCUUAAUAUUAAACUGCCAUCACAUCCACCUCCGAGCUAUCCAAUGCACGUCACGGAACUCUGAAAGACAUUUCAUAAUUGAAAGAAGCCGUUUGAAAGAGAGACAAAAAUCUAAAAAUGACUUCGUGUUCCUUUAAAGAUGAGAUUCCAGUAAUAACCAUCUAAACCAGCUAUUUAUUUUUUAAAUCAGAGGUGAGGGGUCCUUUUCCAAUCUUGUACAUAUGCAUUCUUUUAUCUAGACAUUUUCACUGAGACACCAUCUACUUGAACAAAUAA